AUGGAGAAGCAAAUAUCGAAGAAAGGACAACCUUACGCCCUGGGCAUGGCCAUCCUAGCCCACCUCCUUGGAGAUCUCGACUUACUCAGGGUCCUCUUCCACGCCACAUCAUACUUGACUUCGACCUUUUUGAGGACCCCAGGGCGAGACCUUGGACCUUGUGCUCCAAUUCACCGCUCAAGCUUUUCGCAUAUCUACAUCUCUAAGGAACACGACUAUCGAAAUGAUGAGACCAAGGCAGAAUUGGUAUUCGAGGCGACUAAAUCCCAUUUUGCAGGAGGGCCAAUAAGCAUCACUGAAAUCCAGUACUGGGGAAAUUUCAUCAUCGUCGUACUAGAAGAUCGUGCUGUCGACAUAUCAGAAUUGCCACGGUCUAUAACUCGCUGUAAAUGUUUCUACCUUUACGAAGAUGAAAUGGCGCGUCCACUGAGACAAUCUGCUCUACGCCUAACGGAACCAGCACCUGGCACUUUUGAUGAUGGCGAAUACAAAACUUUACGCCCGGGAAUUAUGGUCAGCUCUGGAAGACAUCGCAUGGAAGGGCGGGAAGUUCUCACGUCGUCUGGCGUUUUGGUUCAAGACAGAAACGGCUACCAGUACUUAACCGUUGCGUCACACGGAUUUCCCAUGGGCGAUAAAAUCUUCCACCCAAAUUCAGAAGGGAGGCAAAUCGGCCAGUUGAUAAUGGAACUCAAAAGUACGGAUGUCGCCCUGGUCAAGUUGAAUGGCGAUUUUCCUUUCAUCAAUGAGCCAUUCCAAAACACUGUGGUCCCAGGGCCUCCCGUGAAGCUACGUCGUUUCGCAAGCAGGGGAGAGACCCGACCAGGUAGCAAUGUGUACAUGAACAACCCGUAUACCAGCUAUAUCGAAGGCGUCAGCGGAAUCCAGGCUGUAUUACGCGUUCCGGGAGAUGAUCCUCAUGAGCCUGAGCAAGAAUGGAUUAGGACACGAUGGGACUAUACAGGCCAGGGCUCAAGUGAUCAACUUACCAAUGGAAUAUGUGGGUCCCCCUUAUGGGAUGAUGAGGGUAAUGUCCUCGGAUUCUUUCGUUACGCGCCCCGAUCGGGGCAUUUUCUCGACUGGUGCAUGUCUAUUGCUAGCACCGAAUUGGCCACGAGAGGCUAUUCCAUUGUUACUCAAUAG